AUGGACGCGGAGAAACUCAUUCCAACGUCGCGCGUGCCUGACGACCGGCAAAAGCUGCUGGCCGGCUCAAGUUCGCACGCGUCGCACGCGAUGGACGUGGACGACAGCGUGCGACUGCCGGAACCCGCGAGGCGAACGCCGUCGUCAGCCUACAAGAGCGGCAAGGAGGCUUGUCCUGAGAGCGCGAUCACAUUGCGAUGCGUGUACUUCUCCCCCAUCUCUCGCUGUAACCCUCCUUUCUCGCUGUCUCCCCUCUCUCUUGCUGUCUCGCAGGCAUUCCUCGCGGUCCUACACAGUUGGGCGACCAAACGGUUCAUGAGUGGAUGCGCCAUCCUCUUCCCCAUCGCCAUCACAUUCUACAUGACGUGGUGGUUCUUCACCUUCGUGGACGGCUUCUUCUCGCCCAUCUAUCGCCAUGUCUAUGGCAUCGACAUCCUGGGUCUUGGGUUCAUAACGACCAUCUCCUUCAUCUUCUUUGUGGGUGUGUUCGUGUCGUCAUGGGUGGGGUCGUCGGUGCUGUGGAUAGGCGAGUGGAUCAUCCACCGCAUGCCGCUCAUGAAGCACAUCUACUCCGCCUCCAAGCAGAUCAGCAACGCCAUCUCGCCGGGUGGGUGGGUGGGAAUGCGGAAUCAGAACGUGAAUGCGUUCAAGGAGGUGGCCAUCCUGCGCCAUCCGCGCAUAGGCGAGUACGCCUUCGGCUUCAUCACCUCCAACGUCACCCUCCAGGUGCCUACAUUGCCUCUCACUCUCACUCUCCAGGUGCCCACAUUGCCGCUCACCCUCACUCUCCAGGUGCCCACAUUGCCUCUCACUCUCACUCUCCAGGUGCCCACACUGCCUCUCACUCUCACUCUCCAGGUGCCCACAUUGCCUCUCACUCUCGCUCUCACUCUCCAAGUGCCCACACUGCCUCUCACUCUCACUCUUCAGGUGCCCACAUUGCCUCUCACUCUCACUCUCCAGGUGCAGGUGCCCACAUCCCCUCUCACCCCUCAGGUGCCCACACUCUCUCUCUCAGCCCUCGUCCUCCCAUGCUUUCACCCCUCAGCUGUCCACACCUUCUGUCAGCUGCCCAAUAGCACCUUACAGCUGGAGUCGGGAGUGCAGGAGGAGCUGGUGAGUGUGUAUGUGCCCACCAACCACGUGUACAUUGGAGACACCUUCCUCGUGCCUGAGUCUGACAUCAUCCGCCCCAACCUCUCCGUGCGAGAAGGCCUCGUCUGCUGCAGCUCUAUGAAGGAGCUUCCAUCUUUCAUGCAAGAACUGUUAUGUCAGCAACGCUGA